AUGCCAGGACUAAUCAACAAAGAGAAAUGGAAGGCUCUGCCCCUCAGCGUCUCAGACAUCAGCUCCUGCGUCAGGGGCUACACUCUGGCCAUGACGGCCUCCUUGACUUACGACAACAUGGAUGACCACCCCAUUGAGGCAAUGAUCUCCUCUCAAAUCAUAACCGUGCAGAUCAAAGACAAAGCGAAGAUCGACGACUGUUACUUUGAUUGCGGCUCUUCAGCCAAUGGAGCUCUGCCGAGUGGAAGUGGGCAUGUUGUUAUGGAGGAGGACCUGGAGAGGACUGUGCUGGUGGUGAACCUGGGGGUCAUUCCGCCCCUGGAGACGGUGAACGUUCUGGUCAGCACGUCCUCUGAGCUGUCCACGCUGCCAGGCGGCGGUAUCAGGGUCACGUCUCCGCCCGUGUGCACCCCCAGGGUCGAGAGGUCGGUGAAAGAGGAGCAGGCAUUCUCCCCUGGCACAAGUAGAAGGAGAGAGAGACACCACUGUGCCCUGGGCCCUCAUGACCAGGUGCCAGGGAGCGGUCAGCUGUGUUUGGCCUGGCUGCUGGAGGACGAGUCCAUCAACUCCAUCGACUACGACUUCAACUUCCAGCUGGAGAUCAGAAGCCCGUACCUGCUUGCAGGUGUGGAGAGCCCGUCCCAUGCCAUCCGGGCAGAUGCCGAUCCCUGUGCCCGCUCUGCCACCAACAUAGUGGUCACCCUGGCAGACAAGUACACUUAUGACUGGCCUGUGGAAAUACUCAUCUAUCCCAGUGAGCCUCAUGUGCCUCACGUGCUGGUGGAGAGCGGAGACAUGAUGCUGGAGGAGUACGACGAGUACCUACGCAGCAGGAGCGACUUCAUCAAGGGGACCAAGAAGGAUGCAAGUGAUGAGAAAAAAGUGGAGAUCCUGCGCAAGCGGCUCCACAAGGACAUCCUCCACAACCCCGUGGUCAUGCUGAACCUCUGCCCCGACCUCAAGGCCAUGACCUCGGAGCACAUGAGCCCGCAGGGCGAGUUCAUCUUCCUGCUCGACCGCAGCGGCAGCAUGAGUGGGAUGAACAUCAGUCGCGUGAAAGAUGUCAUGGUGGUGAUUCUGAAGAGCCUCUUCCCAGCCUGCUUGUUCAAUAUCAUCGGCUUUGGCUCCUCGUUCAAAACACUCUUCACCACCAGUCAGCCCUAUGAUGAGGACAACCUGACCAUGGCCUGUGAGCACAUCAGCAACAUCCGGGCUGACAUGGGCGGCACCAACCUCUUAGCGCCUCUCAGCUGGGUCCUGCGGCAGCCCAUGCACCGGGGCCACCCACGGCUGAUCUUCCUCCUCACUGACGGGGCGCUCAGCAACACGGGCAAGGUCAUCGACCUGGUGCGCCGCCAUGCCCGCUUCACCAGGUGCUACACCUUUGGAAUUGGGCAAAGUGCCUGCAGAAGACUGGUGCAAGGUUUGGCCACGGUGUCCAAGGGGAUAGCAGAGUUUUUCGCCGAGGGAGAGAGACUGCAGCCCAAGAUGAUCAAGAUCCUAAAGAAGUCCAUGACCCCAGUGCUCAGUGACAUCUCCAUUGAGUGGUUGUUUCCGGAUACCAAGGAGGUGCUUCUCUCCCCAGUGGGCAACACCUACCUCUUCCCAGGAGACCGUCUCAUUGGCUACUGUGCCGUCUGUGACACGACCCGCUACCAUCCCAACCCCAAGUCUGACAAGCGCAGACGCUACAGCAUGAUGCGCUCCAACGAGUCCGCCAGCUCGGUGUUCUACCACUCCCAGGAUGAGGACCCAGCCAAGAGCGCCUCGGAAUGUCCAGCCACGCAGAGGGACAUGCAUACCGGAGUUCUGUUUGAUGGUUACCAGGACACCAUGUCUGAGAGCAGUCCACUCGCUGCUGAGCACGACUCCAUGGGAAUGGACCCACAAACGUCACCAAGACGGCGGGCCUACAGCACAAACCAGAUAACCGAUUACAACCCAGCGAAGCGGGUGUACACCCCCAGUGACCCGAGCUCUGUGGUGGGGAAGAACCCUUUGAGGAGAGCCAAAAUCCAGGAACUGAUUAAUCCGACAAACCCUGACCAUGGAGCUCAGUGGAAAUUAGACUAUCAGCCACAGCUGGCUAGCCUGUGUGCCACCGCCUCCAGGGGCCACACUGCUGGAUGUGAUCGCUCCUCAUUACUGCAGCAGGAGCAGCAGCAGCAACAGCAGCAGGAGGAGGCGGCGGGGCGGACACUGGCAGAGCAGGACCUCACUCAGCCCUGUGGCAGACCCCAGCCAGUGGGCCGCAGCCCAACCCCAGCACCAGCCCCAGCCCCAGCCCCAGCCCCGGCCACAACGCCAACCCCAGCCCAGGUCUCCGGCCUGGAGAACGGAUCCAGGUCCUCCUCGGAGAGCCCCUCUGUGGGAAGCACUGGAGAGGGAGACGGGUACGCACAUCAGCUGUGUGAGGCGGAGACUCCCCAGGACCCCCACGUGGCCGGCGGCGGCGGCGGCAGCGCGGCCGGUCCAGGCCAGGGGGACUGCAAGGCGGUGGUGUCCGGGCUGCUGUGCGGCAAAGAGGUCAAGUGGGAGGUGCCCUUUGACAUGGAGGAGUACCUGCAAGGUCGCGAGCGGGAAGAGAAAGUGCACGAGGACCUGUGGAACGAGACGUUCCAUCACCUGGCGGCCCACUCCAUCAUUCAGGACUUUGAGCAGAUGGCGGAGAGGGAGUGUGAGAUUGAACACGGGUCUGGCCGCAGAUACCAGCUGUAUGCAAUCCACACGAGCAAAGCCUGCAAUAUCCUGAGCAAAUUCACAGCGUUUGUGCCCAUAGACCUGGAUACUAAUGAAUAUUUACCGACCUCCAUUGAGUACCUGAAUGUGGGCGAGGACUCAAAGAAAGGAUCCCAGUCGAGCUCCCGCUCAGGAAGCAGGAAGAAGCAGGGCUACUCCAUUGGCCUGGGACGCUCUCAAUCAGGCUGCAUGUCAGAAGCGGAGGAUGGCUUACAGGCUCCAGUCCCUGAUGACGGCCCCUCCCCAUGUGGAACUCCAUCAUCAACAUCGGGAUGGGAAACAUACAGAUUCACAGACGCCUCUCAGAGGAGUCCGUCCGUGACCUCGGAGCACUCGCAGAGAUCCGUGGAGAGCCUCUUCUCCGCCAGGCUGAGCCUCACGCGGACCAGGCUGCUGACCAAGGCAGCGCGCGGCUUCAUGAGCCGGAGCCAGAGCAAGACCAGCGAGUCAGCGGGUGACGGUGACAACGACAGCAAAGACUACAUCCCCCUGGUAUCCUUACAGUUAGCCUGCGGGGCCUUUGCGCUGGACAGUGCUCUGUGUGAGACCAUCGGCGUGCCCAUGAACAAGCUGAAGUGGACGUCCCCCUUCAGCAGCCACCGCCACAGCCUGCCGCACCUCUCCCACUCCAGCGGCAGCCGGCGGGACGAGAGCCAGGACGACGCCGGCGGCAGCGGUGGCGGCAGUGGCAGCAGCAGCGGGAUCAGCAGCAGCGGCGGCGGCGGCGUCCACCUCUCCCUGGACCCCGAGAUGAAGCCAGACGCCGAGCUGAGCCUCAGCAGCCACAGCCCUUCAGCUCGGAGCCCUCGCAGCCCUCGCAGCCCCAGAAGCCCGCACAGCCCCCGCAUCGACGCCGGCUCCCCCUUCCUCGCCGCCCACCCGUCCACCUCCUCCACCACCUCCUCCACCUCCUCCACCUCGCAGGAGCCUCCUCACUCGCCCGGCUCCUCGCUGAUGGACAGCGGCCACGGCUCCUCCGAGGCGGCGGAGCGGGGGGGGACGACCCCCGACGCGCAGGGCCUGCUGCCCGAGAGCAUGGUGUGGGCCACGGCGGUGGCCCUGGCCUGGCUGGAGCACAGCUCGGCCAGCUACUUCAUCGAGUGGGAGCUGCUGGCCGCCAAGGCCAGCAUGUGGCUCAGCGGCCAGAGCGUCCCCGAGGGCCGCGACCUCGCCGCCGUCAAGGCGGCCGCCAACCAGCUCUUCAUCAUCCUCAGGCACUGGGACGAGAACCUGCAGCUCAACAUGCUGUGCUACAACCCCAAAAGUGUGUAGUGUAGCCGCCGGCGGGUGGAAAAAGUGAAGCGCUCUGGAUGCCUCUGUCGAGCUGUGCUAUGCCAACCACUGGGAGCUGCUUCUCUUUGCAUGGGAAGGGGAGCGUGUGCUCCGCUAUGCCAAGGUUUUUUUUUGGUUUUUCGAGGAAUGCUAAAAUGAUGUCACAUCCUGGAAGCCCUGAAGGUCGUUGUCGUUUGAGUCGCUAAUAUACUUUGAUGUAUAGUGGAACAGUGCAAUGCAGUGGAAUGUCAGUCAGUCAGUAAGUUGUGCAUUGUGAUUAUCAUAUAUGGGUUCAGCACACCAAUCAGCCAGUCUCAUCUCAUUACUGAGCAAAGACGGACUCUUAACGGCAUCAUACAGUAAUUAGCCAUGUCUUCUGGAGGUACUGUAAGACUGACAAACCUGGAAGAGAAUGUUUUCAGUUUGUACGAGUUUACUGUAGUCGCGUCCCUAUUUUCCGUUAUUACUUGCCUGUACAAGUGUAUUCUAUGUGUACUCAUACUACUGUGAGAAUAACUUGUUUACUGUAAGCAGUGGCAAGCAGAUGUUUUGCUCUGACAUGUAAUUUGUAAACCUGUGAAGCGUAUCUAUAUUCAACUUAAAUGUAGCAAACCUUAAUUGAAUGUGUUAUGCUUUACCUCUGUGAAACUUCAGUGCAAAUGUAGUCUGUAGUUGCAAUUACAUCACUUUGACCCCCUCUAAAUGCAGAUCACAAUAUGAAUGGAAUGUGGCAGCUAAUAACUUAAUCAAAUGCUUCAAUAUGGUAAAAUUAAGGAUCAUACUACGUAUUUGACUUAAGCAGUCAUAUAUUUAGAGAUUCUCAGAUGACAAAAUGACUUAUCCUAAUUAACCAGAGGCCAUUUUGAUUUCUAUUCUAGAGUUUGCCCUAUGAUAUGCUGGCUGUGCUCAGACCAUAAGUGCCUGUCUUUUCUGACAUUAAAACAUGAAAGACUCAGUGGGCUGUUGCAAUGUAUGGCAUGUUUCAACCGAAGCAAAAUAUCUGUGCAGUUUUAAAAGUUUGUUUGUGUUGUGUUUCCACGGUUUCUCAGUGCUUUCAAUUGCUGGAUGAUGUCACUGUCUAUUUUUCUAAGCUGAAAAAAAAAAAUCUAAAUCAAGGAUGGGAACAUGCACACAUCUACAAAUAUCACAGAUGUGUUCUGAUCCCCAUGACAUCAUUUUCUCUUCCUGUUUUGUAUUUAAAAAAUAUUUGUUGAUGUUCAAGUGUGUAUUAGGAAUGCUAAACUUCAAUAUGAUUUCAGUGAAUUCACAAUUCUGUUUUAGUUUUACUUUAUUGCUGUCACUUGCAUGCACUUGUCAGAGUUUUGACACUCGGUGUUACUCAGGUAUUGCUUUUGAAUCAGCCUGAUGGAGGACAGGGCCGACAUAUACGCAGCUGUCUGUGCUGUGAGACAGGAGUGUGGUGUUUUGUUUGGACUGGUCAGUGUGACACAUGAGAUAGACACCUAGACAUCAGCCCUCCAUGACCUGACAUCUCAUCUAACGUGACCAUUUCGUCUCAUUUUUAUAGUGGCUUUCUUGUUCGGAGUGGACUCUGUUGGUGGUGAAGUGUGGCUGUUUAUCUUGCUGUGCUUCUUUCUGGACAUGCACUGUUUAACAGCUUUCUAUUUCCUAGAGUCAGUUUGCAGAUAGUUGUGCAAUGAUGAUCUAUGUAACUGCAUGUAAUAAAGUUCCAGU